CGAGCCUGCCCAGCCGCGCGCGCGCUGAUCCGGGUCUGAACAGGCGGAGCAGGCCGCGAGCGCUGCUGUAUCCUCUCAGCAGCAGCAGCAGGAGCGCGGGAGCGCGCGGGGUUAUAGAGCGCGCUGCUGGGAGUUCACCGCACGAGGACAUAGCCAAGUCAGGACCGAGCGCGCGCUGCGGGUGCAUGACUGUGCAGCGUAGUUAGCAGUAGUUGGCUGUAGUUUGCUGCGCUCUGGGAGGAGUUGGAGUUUGUCUGGACGCUUUUGGCUGCCGCCGUUAGGUUUGCUUUGGUUUCAGGGCUGUAGAGAAAGUGAGCUGGUGUAUUUGAGUGUAGCGUGUUUGUGAGCGCGUGCGGUAUCAUCAUCAUCAUCAUCAUUAUCAGCAGCAACAGCAGCCAUGAUCACCUCCACCCCAGCACCGGCGGCUGCACGCGGCUCCCGAGCCGCCGGAGCGACGCCCUCCUCGGUCAGCCCCACGCGCCUGAGCCGCCUGCAGGAGAAAGAGGACCUCCGGCAGCUCAACGACCGCCUGGCCAACUACAUCGAGCGCGUGCGGCAGCUCGAGAGCGAUAAGUCGUCCAUGCAGCUGCUGCUGGAGGAGAAGGAGGAGACCACCACGCGCGAGCUGAGGAGCGUCCGGCUGCUGUACGAGAACGAGCUGGCAGACGCCAGAAAGACCCUGGACACCACCGCCAACGAGAGGGCCAGGUUGCAGAUAGAGUACAGCCAGCUGUGCGAGGACCACCGCAGACUAGUGUCCAGGAACAACAAGAAGGAGGCCGAGCUGAGUAAUGCUGUGGAGCGGUGGAGAAGUCUUGAAGCUGCCUUGAAUUCCAAAGAGGCAGACUAUGCUAACUUGCUUGCUGCUAACCGCAGGCUGGAAACUGAUGUAGCAGAUCUGAGGACACAUGUGGAUAAUCUGGAGUCUGCCCUGCAGAAUGCUAAAACUCAGAUUAAUUCAGAGACGCUUCGGCGUGUGGACGUGGAGAACCAGAUUCAGACCCUCCAGGAGCAGAUGGACUUUCAGAAGCACGUCACUGAACAGGAAGUGCGGGAGAUGCGGAGUCGACACGAGACCCGUCUGGUGGAGGUGGAUUCGGGGAGGCAGAAGGAGUUUGAAAGUAAGCUUGCAGAGGCCAUGCAGCAGCUCCGGCAAGAGCACGAAGCCCAGAUUCAGCAGUACAAGGACGACCUGGAGCGGACCUUCAGUGCCAAGUUGGAGAACGCUAAGCAGGUUGCAGUGAAGAACAGCGAUUUUGCCACUUCAACUAAAGAGGAGCUGGCUGGAACUAAACUCAGACUGGAAUCCCAGUCCCUGCAGAUCAGCAACCUGCAAACACAGAACUCUACUCUGGAGGCGCGAGUGCAGGAGCUGGAGCGAAUGCUGGAUCGCGAGCGGCAGGUCAGUCACCAGCGGCUCUCGCAGAAGGACCAGGAGAUGGCUGACAUGAGGCAGCAGAUGCAGACCCAGCUGGAGGAGUACCAGAGCCUGCUGGACCUCAAACUGAUGCUGGACAUGGAGAUCAAUGCCUACCGCAAGAUGCUGGAGGGAGAAGAGAAGAGACUGAACCUCUCCCCCAGUCCAUCCCAGCACUCCUCCAUUUCCCGCACACACGCACAGGGCACACGCAAAGCCGGCUCCAAGAAACGAAAGCACGAGGGCGCCUCAGGCCUCUCACCGAGUUACAAAGUGUCACAGCACUCGUCCAGCCGUGGAGUCGUGUCCAUCGACGAGAUCGACCUGAUGGGAAACUUCAUAAAACUCAGGAACAAUUCUGACACGGAUCAGUCACUAGGGGGCUGGGUGGUGAGGAAGAGGCAGUCUGGUACUCCUGAUGUUGUCUUCAAAAUUCCCAAGUCCUGCAUCCUGCGUGCCGAAGAUACAGUGACGAUUUGGUCUGCAGGAGCUGGAGUGGAACCCAAUCCUCCCACUGAUCUGGUACUGAGUGGGCUGAAGACGUGGGGAGCGGUCAGUGAUGUCCUGGUUUCACUGUUCAACGCACACAAUGAGGAGGCCGCGGAGCGAAGCGUGGUGUGUGUGCAGAGCCGAGCUGAGGGAAACUCUGAUGUAGAAGUUGAUGAAGAGAGCGGCGUGGGCUCGGAGAUUCACCUCCGUCGACAGCCCAAAAGAAGGAAAAAGAAAUGCUGCUCUCUCUCCUGAUCUGCUGAGUGACCAGCAGGAGCAGUAGGAACAUAUGGGGAACCAGGAGGCCAGCUGUAGCGUCAUGUGACACUUGCCCAUCUAAGAUGACCAGUAUGGUGGGGGUGUGAGAUUCAAAAUUAAAAUAUGGACGUAUCUACACAAUUCAUAGAAUGGAAGACUUUCUUCUACUUAGGCUUCCACGUGGAGGACAUCUGAUACUGGAUCAGACAGUUUUGCACAAUAAAUUUCUUUAUUUGAAAUGAAAAGGACAAGACUGGGCCUCGAUACGCUGCUGAGACCCAUCCCACCCAGCAGCCUCUUGUACAUUGUCAACGUUUAUGGUGUCUAAUGGGUGGAUUAAGCCUAGUUGUAAAGUACAUUUUCAUUUUUAGUGUAAAAUCUCCGUUCACAUGCUGUAUAUUGCAAGACUAGGCUUAAUCUCUGUCUGGGGAAGCUCCUAUUAUGCUAUUGACGUCUCGGACUUUAUUGCAGUGCCAGUGCUGAUUCUAGGCCUAGGUUUAAAUUAGCCACAUGAUCUCUGAUCUUGAAGUUGUGCCCUUUCAAUACCACACUACGUCUACCUUGUUAUGCCACAGUAUCCCUAUAUUUGCACUUAUUAAGGCUACAGCUAAUGCUAUUACUUUGUAUAAGGUGGUAAAGCUCUUAUUUAGGAAAAGCCCAGCAUUGCUGCUGAAAACUAAUCUAGAGGCAAGAUUCUAAUGGUGCCUUUAAUAAAUAGCAAAAGUAGCUGUGUUGGUUGGUAAAUUUCAGUAAACCCUAGAAUAAUAAUAUGACCAAUCCAUAAGUUAAAGGAGAACUUUGGUGUAAAAUUGACUUUUGAUAAUGGAGUACUAACCUUUGUUGAUUAUCCCACCUCCACUCUCUCCAGCAUCUUUCCAUGAUCCAGUAAUUUUUUUUACAGAUUGUCCAAACUUGCUUUAGAAUAGAUAAUAUGGGGCAUAUUUUGCUCCUGCCGAUAAAUCACCAAGUGGCUCCUCACCUCAUUGGUAAACUCCGGAGUGCUCUAACAUUUAAAACGAGGCUAUAAUAACUUUAAAAGUGCAGAAGAAGCUUAUUAAAAAACACUGUUUAGAACCCGUAGUGCCAGCUAAUCUUCGGGCGCCGCCAUCUUAAGGUAAAGGUAAAAGUGGUAAAAUUUCAAAAAGCUUCUUCUGCACUUUUUAAGUUCUUAUUCCUUGUAUUAAAUGUUAGGGCUCUCCGGAUUCUACCAGUGAAGUGUGGAGCUACUUUGAACCUGGAUAACGGUGGAAAAAGCUAUUCAUCUGCAGGGGAAAAAUAUGCCCCAUAUUAUCCAUUCUAAAGGGUGUUUGGACAAACUGUAAAAAAAUAACUGGAUCUCAGAAAGCUGCUGGAGAAAGGAGGUGGGAUAUUCAACAAAGUUUAGUCCUCUUUCACACCAGAGUUUCACACCAGAGUUCUCCUUUAAGGGAGCUCUGUCCAUUUCUACAUUACUUGAAUUGGUCCCUGAUGUGCCUUGUUUAGUCUUUUUUCGUUUUCCAUUUGUCUGCUAAUUUUACGACUCCAGUGAAGAGAACACUUUAAAACAUUGUCAGAAGCUUAUUUAUUGGUUUUGUUCCAUUUUUUGGUUGUACUUUUUUUUUUUUUUUUUUUUUUUUUUUUACAACAAGCCACUUGUCCAACACUCUUAACUGAUUUCUCUGAUUAUCUCGAUAUCUCAACAUCUUUUGCCCUUAAAGUGUGACACUCAAUCCCGUUAUUGCUUAUUUAUUGCAUUAAUGUUGCUGACAUGUGUACUUUUUAUAUUUGUAAACUUAAUAAAGAUUGCAAUGAAGUGGA